GUGAGUGAAUGCUGAAACCAUGUUGGCCAAGGCUGUGGACAAGUUGCUCCAAGGCCAUUGGCUGAAACGAGCCCAGACUCAGGGGACGUUUACUUUGGGCGUGAAUGGUCAUCAAUUGCAAGAAAAUCUCAUGGCUCGAUACAAAGCGAGUCUUGAGACAUUUGUUUCUUUGGAUGACCACCAUUGCCCAUGUGAGGACAAUGUGAUUACUUUAAACGAUACCACCAUUCGCGUGGAAAGUCCGGUGGUGAGGUCUUGCCAGGUGAACUUUCAGCGUGACAACCCGGACAAGUGGAAGUGGCGUUAUAAUGAUUUCUUACGUGUGCGACGGCGAUUUUGGAAGAACUUCUUAGUCGAUCCUGCCAGUGUUCAAGUCCGGGAGGAGAGCCCCACGUCGGAUGCGCCCAAAGCGUCCAUUUCCUGUAAUUUUGAGGGUCUCAACCUUGGAUUAUCAUCUUUAGCAUCCUCGACGGAACCUCUGGAACGGAUGGACCUGAUUGAGCCAGACAAGUUGGCUCUUUCGACCAAUUUGGACAUGGCUACCUUAACCUUGCUCUUAGAUUCUGUACGAACCCGACAGUUUAUUCCAUCCACCAGAAUCGCUUUGCACACCCAACUGGCACCGUUUCAAACGGCCUUCGUCGUUCAAAAUCCUUCAGCGGAUCUUGUGGAUCUGCAAGAGCUUUUGACCAUUUUGGCCCAAGAGAAAGGUAUCCGGGUGUUCAACGAAGCCUCCAACGACCAUCUGGCGGAUCUGUUUGGCAUUCCCUAUCAGGUGGUACUCACCGAGAACUCUCUAUCCACUGGGGUGGUUCUGCUCCGGGAUAGCGUAACCUGUUGGUACGAGGAGAUCCAUGUUGCUCACGUAGUCCGUCGAUUGGUCCAGAUUUACCAAGAACGAGAUUGUCCAGACUCUUGGAGUGAAAUGAAACAAGAUUAUUUCCCAGACCGAGCGUUUGUCUUAAAGUCGAAAUAAAGUUCCCUGGAGGCAUCGAUCGAA